AUGGUUGCGUACGUGGCAUCUUCUCGUCCAUCCAUCCCGUGGCCGCGCGAGGUCACACCUACGUUUUGCGACACCACGUACCACGAAUCUGGCUACAUCAAACUGCCACACAAGGCGAACGACCAGUACUUUUACUGGUACUUUGAGUCUCGGUCCAACCCUACCGACGACCCCCUCGUACUGUGGCUGGAGGGGGGGCUGGCACGUUUUCCAUCUGGGCCUUGUUGA